AUGUCCGAAACCGAGACCCAGACGACAACGCCAGCCAAGCCAGCAUAUCACAUGCGCCCGGCUCGCAAACAAGUAAAGCCAGGAGAUGUCGAGAAAAAAGAAACGCCCCAGACAGGAAAAGAAUACAACAUUUGGUACAACAAAUGGGCUGGUGGUGACCGGGAAGAUAGCUAUUCAAAUAAAGUCAAAUCCCAGACACGAUGCAACAUUAAGCGUGACGCGGGCUAUACCCGAGCCAACUCGACCGGCAUGAAGUACUGCUGCCUCUUUUUUGCGCGAGGAUGUUGUCCGUAUGGUUAUGAAUGCGAAUAUAUCCAUGACCUUCCACCCCCCGCCACAUCAAUGCCCGACUCUUCAAAAGACUGUUUCGCCCGAGACAAAUUUGCAGACUAUCGAGACGAUAUGGGUGGUGUUGGAUCCUUUUCACGACAAAAUCGAACACUAUAUAUUGGCCGAAUUAAAGAGACUGGGCCUGGACCGGAAACGGAGGAAAUUGUUCGAAGGCAUUUCAAGAUGUGGGGAGAAAUCGUAUUCCUCAGGGUACUCCAGCAUCGGAGUGUUGCCUUUGUAACAUAUGCAGACGAAGCAAACGCUCAAUUUGCAAAGGAGGCAAUGGCAUGUCAAAGUAUGGACAACGACGAGAUUCUUAAUGUCCGCUGGGCAACAGAAGAUCCCAACCCUCAAUCCAAACUUGCCGAAAAACGCCGUUUGGAAGAUAUCGGGAGUGCUGCCAUUGCAAACAAACUUGAUCCACGAAUGGUGGACGCGGUGCGUCAUAUUCGUGCUUUGGAAGACGAAGAGGCCGUCCCAGAGCCUGCUCGCCCCCAGAAAAGCGACAAAAGUUGA